AUGGCCACAACUUAUGUUGCGAUUCCGGUUCACAUUGUUUGCUAUGGCAAGGAUUGGAGUAGUGGACUUGACUUUGAUUGCAUUGAUGAUAGGGAAGAGUGGCAUGUCCUCGCCCAGUGCAACGGGGAGCUCAAUGCGGAGAGCAAUGGUGGCACGGCCUUGUUUACUCCUGCUUGUCCUUACCGCCGCCACUGUGGAUUCAUAAGCAUAGACUGCGGCCUCCCAGGAAAGAGCAGCUACGUGGACAGCGCCACCAAGCUGCCGUACGUCUCCGACGUUGGCUUCACCGACGCCGGCUCCAACCGCAACAUCUCCGCCGAGUACAUCAACCCGUCCUUCACGAAGCGCUACCUCAAUGUGCGCAGCUUCCCGGACGCCGCGCGCAGCUGCUACACCAUCGGGUCCAUGGCACCGGGGUCCAAGUACAUCUUCCGAGCCACGUUCAUGUACGGCAACUACGACGGGCUCAGCAAGCCCCCGGUGUUCGACCUCCACCUCGGCGUCAACUUCUGGCAGACGGUGAACAUCACCGGCCCCGACGUUCCGUUGAUCGCCGAGGUCAUCGCCGUCGUCCCAGCGGACUCGGUGCAGGUUUGCCUCGUCAACACUGGCACCGGGACGCCGUUCAUCUCCGGGCUGGACGUGAGGCCGGUGAAGAGCACGCUCUACUCGCAAGUGAACGCGACGCAGGCGCUGGUCCUGCUCGCCAGGCGCGACUACGGGCCGAGCGGGUUCGCCGUGAUCAGGUACCCCGACGACCCAUACGACCGCACGUGGUUUCCGUGGAGCGACCCGGAGGAGUGGUCGGAGAUCUCGACGGCGGAGGGCAUGAGGCCGGUCGUAGUUGGCAGCCGAUUCGAGGUGCCGUCCGCCGUGAUGCAGACUGCCAUCGUGCCCCUGCUCAACGCCUCCGCCAAGAGCAUCGACUUCUCGUGGGACGCCGAGCCUAGCCACGUGUAUCCCGACCCCGGCUACAUUUGUAUGUUGCACUUCGCGGAGCUUCAACGCCUGGACAGCAACGCCACUCGUCAGUUCGACGUGAUAGUCAAUGGCAUUGCUUGGUAUCACGCAUACACGCCCAUGUACCUUACAUCCGAUACACUGUACAGCAAUAGGCUACACCAUGGUUCCAACAGCUACAACAUCUCAUUAAAAGCCACGGCGAACUCGACGCUGCCACCAAUUGUCAACGCCGUCGAGAUUUUCAACGUCAUCUCCAUAGCCAACGUGGCCACAGAUGUUCAGGAUGUUGCUGCCAUUAUGGCAAUCAAGGCCAAUUAUCAGGUGAAGAAGGACUGGAUGGGUGACCCCUGCGUUCCCAAGGCACUUUCGUGGGAUGGAUUGAGCUGCAGCUUUGCCAUCUUCAGUCCUCCAAGAAUCGAAUCACUAAACCUUUCGUUCAGCGGCUUGAGUGGAGAUGUAUCAUUUUACUUUGCCAAACUCAAAUCACUCAAGUAUUUAGAUUUGUCACACAAUAAGUUGGCGGGCUCAAUUCCUGAUGUCCUUUCACAGCUGCCAUCUCUCAUGGUUAUUGAUUUGACAGGCAACCAGCUCAAUGGAUCCAUCCCGCCUGGGCUUCUCAAAAGAAUUCAAGAUGGCUCGCUAUCACUGAGGUAUGGUAAUAACCCAAAUCUCUGCAGCAACAGCGAUUCUUGUCAGUCCGCAAAGAAGAAAAGCAACUCAAUGCUAGCUGUCUACAUUGCUGUUCCAGUAGUUGUGUUUGUGGUAGUAGGAACACUAGCACUACUGUUCUUCUUCAUGCGAGCAAUAAUGUCAUCGAACGGUACUGGUUCGACUCUGUUCUUGCUACUUGAACUGUCAGUAAAAGGCAGUGUGGAGCCGGGCAACAACCUGAAUAUCAAGAACCGUAGGUUCACGUACAACGAAGUGAAGGCCAUGACGAAAAACUUCCAACUGGAGCUCGGCAAGGGAAGCUUCGGAAAAGUCUACAAUGGCUCCUUGAAAGAUGGUACUCGUGUGGCAGUGAAGCUGCUAUCUGAAUGUUCCAGGCAAGGUGUUGGAGAGUUCCUGGCAGAGGCUGAGACCUUAACAAAGAUUCACCACAAGAAUAUUGUCUCCUUGAUCGGUUACUGCAAGGAUGGUGGGCACAUGGCGCUUGUCUACGAGUACAUGUCAGGAGGAACCCUGGAACACAAACUUAGAGGGAGCGACGAUGGCAGCACUGGAUCAUUAACCUGGAAGCAGAGGCUGCGCAUUGCACUGGAUUCCGCGCAAGGGCUUGAGUAUCUUCACAAAUCGUGCACCAAGCGACUCAUCCAUAGGGACGUGAAGACGUCAAACAUCCUACUGAAUGACAACCUUGAGGCUAAGAUCGCCGAUUUUGGCCUGCUAAAGGCUUUCCAUCGCGAUGAGGACACCCAUGUAUCCAGGACAAGGGUGGUUGGCACGCUCGGCUACUUUGCUCCUGAGUAUGUGGAAGCUCAGCGUCUCACCGAGAAGUGUGACGUGUACAGCUUCGGCGUCGUGCUGCUGGAGGUGAUCACAGGGAAGCCGGCAAUCCUAGAGUGCCCAGAGGCCACUAACAUCACCAUGUGGGUGCUGCAGCGCCUCAAUCAACAAAACAUCGAGGAUGUGGUUGAUCCACGCAUACAAGAUGAUUAUGAUGUCAAUGUUGCAUGGAAGGCCGCUGACAUCGCCCUCAAGUGUACUGAGCGUGCUCCCGAACAACGGCCCACCAUGACCGACGUGGUGACUCAGCUGCAAGAGUGCCUCAUGCUCGAGGAUGGCGGCGGCGGAAGAGACGCCAUAUAGUAUCACUGCGUCCGUGAUGGAGCAUAUAAAUUUACCAGCAGCAACAACGGGUCCCUUCGUUUCCGUCUUGUUUGAAUAUAUUUCUGAUAAUUUUUCAAGUUAGAAUAAUGUUGUUUGUGUCACACGACG